GACUCCGCCCCCAGCUCCCCUCCCGGAGCCCGGGUGCCCGGCUCGCGCGGCUCGGUACGAGACGGGGACCUCGCGCCGCCCCAGCGCCCCCGCCCCGCGUGAGAGGCGCCGCGCCCUCCGGCCGCCCUGCCCGGUGCAUGGAGGGGCCCGUUCGGAUCGCAGCCGCCGCCGUCGCCGCCGCCGCCGUCGCCAGAGAGCGGGGGGAUGACCUGGGGGUGGCUCUCGGAGCCGGCUGCUGUGCAGGAGGUCUCGGGGCUUAGCCAGCCCUGCGGAGAGUAAGCUGAGGCCUGAGCUUUCUCGGAAAGUCUUCUCAGCCUACUUCUGUAAUUGGGCGAUAUGCAUCCAGACCUCGGACCCUUAUGGAAACUGCUGUAUGUUCUUGUGAUUCUGUGUUCUUCUGUGAGCUCAGACUUGGCACCUUAUUUUAUUUCUGAGCCACUCUCUGCUGUCCAGAAGCUUGGCAGACCCGUGGUCCUACAUUGUUCUGCUAAACCUGUUACUGCCCGAAUCUCAUGGUUGCAUAAUGGAAAACGAUUGGACAGAAACACAGAACAGAUAAAGAUCCACCGGGGGACGUUGACCAUUCUGUCUCUCAACCCUUCCCUUUCUGGCUGCUACCAGUGUGUGGCCAACAACAGUGUUGGGGCUGUUGUCAGUGGCCCUGCCACAGUGUCUGCUGCAGCCCUGGCUGAUUUCGAUUCAUCAACAAUGCAUGUUAUUACUGCAGAAGAGAAAAACACGGGUUUCAUUGGCUGCAGGGUACCUGAGAGUAACCCCAAAGCUGAGGUGCGCUACAAGAUCCGGGGAAAGUGGCUGACGUAUUCCACAGGGAACUACAUAAUCCUUCCCUCAGGAAAUCUUCAGAUUUUGAAUGUAUCCUCGAAGGAUAAGGGAUCCUACAAGUGUGCUGCCUAUAAUCCAGUCACCAGUGAACUGAAAGUUGAACCCGCUGGCCGGAAGCUCCUUGUGAGUCGUCCUUCCUCGGAUGGUUUUCACAUUCUUCACCCUGCUCUUUCUCAGGCAUUAGCUGUCCUUCCGCACAGCCCUGUUACCUUGGAGUGUGUGGUGAGUGGGGUCCCGGCCUCACAAGUGUAUUGGCUGAAGGACGGGCAGGAUGCUCUGUCAGGAAGCAACUGGAGAAGGCUGUACUCUCACCUGGCCACAGCUAGCAUCGACCCAGCGGAUUCCGGGAACUAUUCCUGUGUGGUGGGCAACAGGUCCGGAGAUGUUAAACAUGUCACUUACACGGUCAACGUACUAGAGCACGCUUCAAUUUCUAAAGGGCUGCACGAUCAGAAGGUGUCCCUGGGGGCCACCGUACGUUUUACCUGCGAAGUUCACGGGAACCCAGCCCCCAACCGCACCUGGUUUCAUAACGCACAGCCCAUCCGCCCCUCCUCACGGCAUCUGACGGAAGGAAGUGUUCUGAGGAUCACCGGGGUCAUCAUGGAGGAUUCUGGGUUGUAUCAGUGCAUGGCAGACAAUGGGAUUGGAUUUAUGCAAUCUACUGGAAGACUUCAAAUUGAACAAGACAGUGGACAGAGGCCUGUCAUAGUCACCGCCCCAGCAAACGUAGAGGUGACGGACGGAGACUUCGUGACUUUGUCUUGCAAUGCCACAGGAGAGCCUGUCCCGGUCAUUCAUUGGUACGGCCGCCAUGGAUUGAUAACCAGCCAUCCAUCUCAGGUCCUUAGGUCCAAAUCUCGAAAGUCCCACCUCUUCCGACCUGGGGACCUGGACCCGGAGCCUGUCUACCUCAUCAUGUCCCAAGCGGGCUCGAGCUCUCUGUCCAUCCAGGCAGUGACUCGGGAGCAUGCUGGGAAAUACACUUGCGAAGCUGUGAACAAACAUGGCAGCACACAGUCAGAAGCGUUCCUCACAGUCGUUCCUUUAGAAACAAACACAAAGGCAGAGCCAGUCACACCCUCCGAAGCUUCUCAGAACGAUGAACGAGACCCACGAGACGGUUCAGAGUCCGGCUUGCUGAACCUGUUUCCAGUGAAGGUGCAUCCCGGUGGAGUGGAAUGGCCAGCAGAGAAAAAUGCCUCUGUCCCCGAUGCUCCUAACAUACUGAGCCCCCCACAGACCCACAUGCCAGAUACGUACAACCUGGUGUGGAGGGCGGGGAGGGAUGGCGGAAUGCCCAUCAACGCCUAUUUCGUGAAGUACCGAAAGCUGGACGACGGCAGUGGUGCGGUGGGCAGCUGGCACACGGUUCGCGUCCCCGGGAGUGAGAGCGAGCUGCAUCUAACCGAACUGGAGCCUUCAAGCCUCUAUGAAGUUCUGAUGGUGGCCAGAAGUGCAGUCGGCGAAGGACAGCCUGCCAUGCUUACCUUCCGGACCAGCAAAGAAAAAAUGGCAUCAUCGAAAAACACCCAGGCAUCCUUUCCACCUGUGGGCAUCCCUAAGCGGCCUGUAACUUCAGAGGCUUCCAACAGCAAUUUUGGAGUUGUGCUUACGGAUUCCUCUAGGCAUAGUGGAGUCCCAGAGGCACCAGAUCGACCUACUAUCUCGAUGGCGUCGGAGACCUCAGUCUAUGUCACCUGGAUUCCCCGUGCAAAUGGCGGCUCUCCCAUCACUGCCUUCAAGGUGGAAUAUAAGCGGAUGAGAAGUAGUGACUGGCUAGUGGCUGCUGAAGAUAUCCCUCCUUCCAAACUCUCUGUGGAAGUCCGGAGUUUAGAGCCAGGUUCGAUAUACAAAUUUAGAGUCAUUGCUAUCAACCAUUACGGUGAGAGUUUUCGGAGCUCGGCGUCCCGUCCCUACCAGGUGGCUGGCUUCCCAAAUCGCUUUUCCAAUCGCCCCAUAACUGGACCUCACAUCGCAUACACAGAGGCUGUCAGCGAUACUCAGAUCAUGCUAAAAUGGACGUAUAUUCCAUCAAGUAACAAUAACACUCCCAUUCAAGGAUUCUAUAUCUAUUACCGGCCGACAGACAGUGACAAUGACAGUGAUUACAAGAGGGAUGUUGUGGAAGGUUCAAAGCAGUGGCACACCAUUGGUCACCUGCAGCCAGAGACCUCCUAUGACAUUAAGAUGCAGUGCUUUAAUGAAGGAGGAGAGAGUGAGUUUAGCAACGUGAUGAUCUGCGAGACUAAAGUGAAACGAGUUCCCGGAGCAUCGGAGUAUCCCAUGAAAGAGUUGAGCACUCCUCCCAGUUCUUCAGGGAACGGAGGGAACGUGGGGCCUGCAACCAGCCCUGCCAGGAGCAGCGACAUGCUGUACCUCAUCGUGGGCUGUGUGCUGGGGGUUAUGGUCCUCAUUCUUCUGGUCUUCAUUGCCCUGUGUCUGUGGAAGAGUCGCCAACAGAGCGCCAUACAGAAAUAUGAUCCCCCAGGAUAUCUCUACCAGGGGUCAGAGAUUAAUGGGCAGAUGGUAGAGUAUACCACUCUCUCAGGAACAGCCCGGAUCAAUGGGAGUGUUCACGGAGGCUUCCUCAGCAAAGGCAGCCUCAGCAAUGGCUGCUCUCACCUCCACCACAAAGGCCCCAACGGAGUCAAUGGGAUCCUGAACGGAACCAUAAAUGGGGGGCUUUAUUCUGCACACACCAACUCCCUAACCAGGACGUGUGUGGAGUUCGAGCAUCCUCACCAUCUAGUGAAUGGUGGAGCAGUGUACACGGCUGUCCCUCAGAUGGACCCACUGGAAUGCAUUAAUUGUCGGAAUUGCCGGAACAACAAUAGGUGUUUCACCAAAACCAACAGUCCCCUUCCUGUGGUCCCAGUGGUAGCCUCUUAUCCUCAGGAUGGGCUGGAAAUGAAGCCCCUCGGUGUCAUGAAGUUCCCUGUGUGUCCAGUUUCCACAGUUCCUGAUGGUGGCCAGGUACCUGAGGAGUGCCUCAAGGACAGCGUGGCACCAGCACCUACCCAGCGUACAUGCCGCCAGGACAACACAAGCGACAUCAAUUCUGAUUCCACAGAAGACACAGCAGAGUUCAACAGAGGAGACAGCAGCAGUCAUUCAGAAGCAGAGGACAAAGUUUUCAGUUGGAGUCCUCUUAUUUUGUCACCUGUCUUGGAGGACUGCAGUGAGAAGACGGCGUGGUGUCCUCCUGGCCCCCCUCUAGACGGGCUGUCAGUGGUCCUUCAGCAAGCCCAAGAGACCUGAGAGGAAUGUGAGCCGGCCUCUUCAUGUUCCCACUGCAAGCCAGUAACUGCACCACACAGGCCUGGGGACAAACUGUGUGAAGGACAUUAAUUCGAAUCAGAGAAAACCAUUAUUUAUUUUUUGGUAGUAGUAAUGUCAUGAAUGUAUCUUAAAAUGUGCGCCCUUUUAUAUUAUUUAUGCCUUAUGUUUUCCCUUCUCCAUUUCUUCCUCCCCCUAUUUUUUUUUAUGCAGAGUUUUUAAUCAUCUGGAGAGCAGGGCAUCAUUCUGUGUCUCCCGGGGCCGUCAGUUGGCAGGCUUCCAUCUUGUGGCCUGUUCAGUUGUGGGGAGAGGAUUGCCCAAGCCAUUUCACAUUUGUCCAGUCGUUCCUAGAUGGAAAAACUGUUACCUCUCCCAUGUCGUCAGACUUUUGGGAACAUUUAGAAAUCAACCAUAGUUGUGAUCAUAUGUUUAUAAUAGCCAACCCAGCUGACACACUUUUGAGACCUUCCAGAAAAAUACUAAUACUGACUUAUUUUCUCUCUGUGCCUGGGUACAAGUAGCGAUCAAUCUUCUAGGUAUCAAACUAGCCAGUGUUGUUAUGAACACAGAAACAUGUAAAGUCUGUUUGGAUUAUUGUAUUAUAUAGAAAGGGAACCAGAUUCAGAAGGAAAAUUAAUGCCUUCAUGGUCCACUGCUCCUAUUAUCUUAAUUUACAAAAUGGCCACCAUGAGUUCUUCGCACUGCUUGCAGAGGUAUAUAAUAAAUACAAAAGUGAGGCCUUUAAACUGAUAGUCUGAAGAGAAGGAUAUUACAUGCCUCAAGAAAGAGGAGGGCUGAAGGGACCUCUAAGUGAAGCUCUUCCCUCUGUCCCAUACUGCUUGUGGUGUUUACACUACCUGAAGGCUGACAUUUUUGUCACUUCCAGUGUUGACAGUAUCCUGGAGGAUCUGAGCGAGCAUGUGUGACUCAGCCUUCUGCCACUAGAGCAGAAUUCCUGAGGUGAUUGUCUUAUAACACAGGGUUGUCUUGACUCCCAGUUUUAGAAGUUCUAGCUGUGGCUGAACAGACCUGUAGCUUUGGACCCGUGUUGAGGAAGCAUAUCAUGGUGGGCAUGCAUGGCAGAGCGAAAAAGCUUAAACUGUAAAGCAGGGGGGGGGGACGGGGAGGAGCGGAGUGUUCAAGGCUCCACUGAGAGCAUGCCUCAAUGGUCUGACAACCUCACACUCCCCCUCUUCAAGAGUCUGCCACCUCCGAAACAUGCUGCCGUGGGAACCAGACUUCGAACACACAGGCUUUGGAAGACAGUAUCCAAACUGCAGCAGAAUGUCAGGGAAGGCUUAGCUGUGAGAGAGGGUUUGAGGGCAUUUUUCUGACAGUCUUUCUGGCCGCCAUCACUAUGAGCAGUAACUCUGGCUUCAGUCUGCAGGGUCCACGCAGUCAGUUACUGUUCUCUGAGCGACAAGAACAUUGCAGCUGUCUUUGGAAGGCUUACAUGCAUUUCAACAGCUUGAACCAAGCCCUAGUGGAUCACAGAUCUGCUUUUGAAUGGUGUAUCCCUUAGUGGGGCAGGGGGAAGGGAACCAAUAUUAUUUCUCUUUAUGCAGAAUCAAACAAUUCCAGGAUACGUUUUGUUUUCGUUUCCCGCAAAGCGAAAGAGAAUACGGUACCAUACUAAUCAACUCUAUAUACAUGCGUCAGUAUUCCCUUACGUAUGCCUGUGUCUUUUAUAAAUAGAACUGCUAGUGGGAGUGUGUGCUGUUUCAGCAGAGCCACUGCGCAAGAGUUCCUUCUGUAAAAUUGCAGUAAAUAGAAUUCCAUAGCUGGGUAGCGGGGUGCUAUAGAAGCAAGUUCUAUGAUCCUGGGGUUCAUGGCCAUAGUGUAAAACAUCUGCAAUUAGUUUUGGAGGUGCUUAGCUGUAGCCUUACAUCUUGACUUGCCAAGGAUGGCAUAGAGACCUACUGUGCGCUUUGCCAGUUGAGUUGGAACUAAGCCGUCUCGGAGCAGGGCGUUUAGGAAAGCAGGAAGCAAAUGUCCGUGGGCAAUCAGUUGUUCACUGUGACUCAUGAAACAGGUAGGUCGGCACGAGCCUUGGGUCAGAACUGCUUUUAAAGAUUGAGUUUGACGUGGGGCUUGCCCACGAGGAUAAUGAAAUUCCCUUACCUUUAGGGCAAUCUCAUUGUGGACUGCUUUAUUUAUGAUUAGUAACGCUGUUUUAAGUGUUAACCCUUUUAUUGUAUUUUAUUUAUAAAAAAUGGCUUUAUAUAUUGAGAUAUAUAAAAUAUAAAUAUAAAUCUAUAUAAUUGCCUUUAUAUUUAGGAGUUUGAGUUCUCCUUAGUGUGAGUUUCUGUGAACUUUCAUGCUCUGCACAGUCACCAGAAAUGGUUGUAGCAAGUGUCACUUCUCCAGGAAUCAAGAGGACAUAGGAAAAAUGUGUGUGGGUGGGUGUGGGGGGGGGUCACCAGUCAUUCCUACGUGGAAUGGCAUGCACUUGUGGAGGGAUAAUUGUUUAUUGAGUUCCCUGUUUAUUACUGUUAUCUCAUCUGACCCCCACAGCAAAUAGACAGAGUAGGCAUGAAGUUCUCAGCUCAUGAGUGAGCUAGAGCCCGCACUGGAGCCCAGUUUACCUGACCCAUCACCCAUGCCCCAUUUACCUGCUUUCUGGAAGUGUUAUGGUUCACCCUCCAUGGAACCAGUCCAGAACAUGUGCAUUGUCCACCCCUGCUGCGAACUUUCUCUGUGAGGCUCCGACUGCAGCUGGUGGGGCUUCCCUCUGUCCACCCUCAUCCCAAACUGGCGGGGCUCUUACCAAGUACAUCAUCUUCAGGAAUCUCUCUUUGACACCCUCCCCUUACCCUCACCCAACUCCUACCCUCUCCUAACCCCGUGAAGAUUUAACCUUCAACUGGCUCACUGGCCAUGAACCUGGUAGGGGCCUCUUCAUGUAUUGGGUGAGUCUUCCUUUAGCGUUAAACUUCCCUAGGCCUGGUAAAUCGUGUCACCUUUCCCUGGUUGUGUUCACCAAUUACGUAGCCGACUCUGGUGACAGGUGCUAUACAGGGUAUAGGUUAAUUGCGUCACUCUAAACUAUUGAGGUGAUCUCACUGUUGAACGGUUUUUACUGGGUUCUCUUUGUACAGUUGUUAUUCCAGGCUGAUGACGUCACUUCUCUGUGUCAGCCCCAGCACUACCAGGAAACUGUGUGGAACUGUCCUUUACCUGUAUGGCUCGCUCUGACCGCAUUGACCCUGAGAUGCAUGUUUUGUACUAUAUUGAAAAAAAAUGUUUUAUUUUCCUUAAAGUUGUGCUAUUAUGUGUGAAAUUGUACAUACUCUAAGUGAUGUAGUUUUGACCGGUUUUAUUUGGUUGACAUGAUUUUAUAUUAAAAGAGAAUGCUGCUUUCA